UCAACAUGGCGUCUGUCUGCCGGACAAAAGGCGAAUCUGUCUGACGGCGGAUUGAAGCCCAAUUACAAGCAGGGGAGACAUUUUAGGAAAACUGUCAGUGUCCGGUGUGUCCCUGCGCCCCGAGGCGGUAGAUAUAUGAGAAAACAAACAUCUGUGGAGGCUCUCGGACUGGAAUAAGGAUGUUCCAGCACAGUGAGGAGCCUCGCUUCACCAUUGAACAGAUUGACCUCCUCCAGAGGCUUCGACGGACGGGGAUCACCCAAGCUGAAGUCCUACAUGCUCUGGACACCCUUGACCACUUGGACCGGCAACAUGGACGCAAGUUGACCCAUAAACCUUCCUACAUGCCACCCUCGUCUUCCUUGUCUUCUUCCAACACAGUCUCUGCAUCUUCAUCUAUGACUUCCACCUCUACUCAGACAAGUUUUCCCGAUAACCGCCUCUCACUGUCACCUAGCAACAACUUUGACACCACCUCCCCACCUCUGCCAGUUCCAGCAGCCUCACCAGUCGCAAUAACUGCAGUUGCACAGAAUGGCUUAGUUGGCGUCACCAACGGGAAGCUUUCACCGCCCCGGUUUCCUCUCGGUGUGGUCGGCGGCAGUGUGACUACACCAGGCUACGGGUUUGAGGCCAGUGAAGAGGACAUAGAUGUUGAUGAUAAGGUGGAGGACUUGAUGAGGAGAGACAGUGCAGUGAUCAAAGAGGAGAUCAAGUCUUUCCUGGCAAACAGACGGAUCUCACAGGCUGUGGUUGCUCAGGUAACGGGGAUCAGUCAGAGCCGCAUCUCCCACUGGCUCUUGCAGCAGGGAUCGGACCUCAGUGAGCAGAAGAAGCGAGGCUUCUUCCGGUGGUACCUGCUGGAGAAGACCAACCCUGGUGCCACUCUGGCCAUGCGAGCUGCCCCACUGGCUCUGGAGGACAUGAUGGAUUGGCACCACACCCCGCCUCCGUUCAACUCGGCUCCCGUGGGUUUCCGUCUGAGACGAGGGAGCAGAUUCACCUGGAGGAAGGAGUGUCUGGCUGUCAUGGAGAGUUACUUCAGUGAUAACCAGUACCCUGAUGAAGCCAAGAGAGAAGAGAUUGCCACUGCCUGCAAUGCUGUUAUUCAAAAACCAGAAAUUUCCAAAAACUGCCAGCCCUUUAAGCUUUUGAUGGACACUUCUCUUGAGACAACAGGGGAUUCCACGUCAUGGCCAGAGGCUGCGGUAUCUAGAAAAAAACUGUCUGAUUUGGAGAGAGUUACGUCCCUAAAGGUCUACAACUGGUUUGCUAACCGCCGCAAGGACAUCAAGAGGCGCGCCAACAUAGAAGCAGCCAUCUUGGAGAGCCAUGGCAUUGAGGUUCAGAGUCCAGGAGGUCAGUCCAACAGUGAUGAGGUGGAUGGAAACGACUUCCCUGAUCAGGGCUGUGAGGUGUCCUUAUAUGAUAAGAGAGCUUCAGCCAGGCAGUUUGCAUUUGGUCGAGCUGACCUGUCCUCUCCAACCCAGGUCCCCACACUGCUCCCCAGCUGGUUUUCUGCCCUGGCCAGAGGAGGUGUGUCCGGACAGAGGAGCACCUCUCUGAUUGGCCGCUCCCUUGUGUCAGGGGCUGGUUCUCAAUCAGAAGGCUCCAGACUGACGGGCGUAUCCUGGUCCCCUCCUUCCCCGUCCCUCCAGGAUGAGCCCAGCAUCCACGCAGUGCUGUCCGAACCCCAGGACCCUGUCGUUUUGGAGAAGACAGCAAGUCACAACAGUCUGGCUUCAGCCAAUCAGGCGGACGAGGCAGGAUGCUGCAUGGGGAACGAGAUCAAGACGGAGACUCUGGAAGACGACUGAAGGUGGCGGUUGAUUUCUGAGCUGUCAGAACAGGUCUCAUUAUAUGCAAGCAGAUUUUAUAGGAAUGUAAAAUGUGGGGGGAAAAGACCAAAAGUCAUGUAAACACCAACCCUGAGAUACCUCCCAACCCUACCUCCAACCACCAACCUACUCUGCUACGCUCAUAUAGCUAUAAUCAAUGUAUUAUAAUAAUAAUAACAACAAACUAUAUUAGUGCUCCCCAGCCAUUUAUGGAAGAUUUAAAACAAAUCCAACAAAACACACUAAUUUGACAUUCAGCUCUGAAACACUCUGGGAAACGCGCUGUAAUUGUCUUUGUUUUUUCCACUUCAGUUCUUUGUUGAUUUGUUUUAAAUGCUGACCCUCUGAAUCGUCCACUCUUGCUUGUCAAACAGGGCUAGAUGCUUUGUGCAGAUUUCCUCAGAAAAUUGUUUUUCAUAGCAGGACAGCACUGUACUUUAGAAUCGGAAAGUUUCAAGUUCUUGCACUGUGAUCGCAACACAACUGAACAGCCUCCGUGCGUGUGAGUUUUAAAAUUAGGUUAACUUUAAUCAUUUCUUUUCAGAUAUCACAUUUUAUCACAGCUGAUUAUGUGUAGACAGUAAGUUUGAUGUCCUGACAUUUCAGAAUGACCUUUUCCUGACUAAAGAAAUGAGCUCAUGUAUGACAGCAAACAUAAAAGCCCAAAAUUAUUAGACAUAGAUUUAUAAAUAUUCUAAAUAAUUACUUUUGUUUAUUUGCUGUUGAAGUUUGAACAUGGCAGAAUUUCUUGCACUGAUAUAUUUUACAUUUUCUUUAAAUUCUUAUGGCAAAUAGGAAAGUUUAGUAAUUUAAAAAAAAAAAUCUGCAUUUCUAUUUUUACUCAUCCAGAAUUUCAAAAUUAAUUUAUUUAUGAAUAAAAAAAAGUUUAGAGAAGUAAAAUCAGUCAAUUAUUUCUCCCUUUUAAGUUGGUGAGAUAUUCCACAUCGAUAUAAAGGCUGUUAUUCACAUUUACAGUGAGUAAAACUUGAGAGGAUUGUGCUUCUGGGGAAUGACAAACACAAACAUGCAAGAAGCGCCUCUCAAAAUGUGCCAGAAUCCCCAGAAAUAUUCUCCUUUUGGUGUUUGAGUUGCUUGGUGGAUAAGAUGGUUGGAUUCUUCCGCAUUAAUAAGGAAAAUGUACACCUAUUGGUCAUUUUUUACACUUAAUUACACGUCAAUGAUAAAAAGUUGAUUUGCCUUUUUUUUUAAUGGGGGGGCACGUUUAGCUGUGUUUAUUUCACAUAAGCAUGAUCUUUGCAAGUUGCACUUGGUUGUAAGGGCAACUAAUCAAUCCAUCCUACAUAAAAUACAAAUACCAACUAGUAUUAUUAAAAGAGAGAAACUUGGCUGAAUUUUUUUUUCUUUUGGGAGGAGUUUACUUUAAAAUUGUAUCACCCAUUCAAAACUCCAGAUCAGAUAUUAAAAUCCACCUCUUGGUGUUGUCUAUUUAAGGUGUAUUAAUGCUCUGAAUUCAGUAGCAUUUAAAAGGUGAGUUUCAGUAUUAGGUCCUCAGAUUUUAGUUGGGUGGUAACCAUCACAGCCUUGCUAUGUGAAACGCAGCCAAAACUUCAGGCAGAACUGUAUAUAAACCAAACACUCGGAUGUCACUGUGACCGGGUGUUAUUCAUUAAUUUGUGGCCAGGAAUGAUUGAUCACUGUGAGAUAAUCUGUCAUCAAUACUGAUCAGUCAGUUGGGAGGGACUCAUUUUUAAGAUACUACAGAUAAAAGUGUAAUGAAUACAUACAUAUACUACAUACAUACAGUAUACUGUAUGUUUCCUAAUCCAUUUCUAUUUACAUAUAUAUUCAUAUAAGCAUCUAAUGAGAGAAACUACCAGUACGAGUCUGACUUGUUGAUGAAAGGUGAGUGAAACAAUAGCCAAAAUAUUAAGUUUUAUCUAUGUAUUUUCUGAGUGUAUGAGAAUCAUGGCUGUUAUUAGUAAGAGAGAUAUGCUAACUAACGGCACAUCAGAUGUGUCAAAUUAUUGCAAUGUGUGUUUGUUUUUUGUUUUUUUGGUAUAUCUGUGCUUGUUUUCCAUAUGCCAUGUGUUAUGAACACAUAUUGUCACCCCUAAGUUUUAUUUUUUUACUUUAAAUGACACUUUAUGGAUUAUUAUGGUGCUUAUAAUCCCUGCUGUUCAAAUGUUUAAUGGAUCACUAAAAGUGUCUGGAAGACCAGAGCAGCAGCAGGAAGAGGAGGAAAAAUGUUUUUUUUUUUUUUAUCAGUUGUUGGUGAAUUCUCUUGAACCAACCACUUCAGGUAUGAAAAUAUUUAGAUUAAACUGUGAUUAAACUUUACAGCCACUGUAGGAGUCCAGCAUCCAGUAAGUUAUUAAGUCAGGAUUUGCCUUUUUUACCUUUUGAAAUAGUGGCGCUCUUGUUUUACUAGACUUUUAUUUUAUGCAGCAGUUUAUUUUAUGGCCACAUGGGGGCAGUGUUGGAGGCUGAAAAUCAUCCAAUGCUUACAUGUUAGCAAAGGGUUUAAUUACUCAUCCAGCAGAAACAAACACAGUAUUAACAUUAGUUUGGAGUCAUGAGUAAACACUGAAAAUAUUGUUAAUAUUGGACUUCAGGGCAUUAGGUAUAAAUCUAGUAAAAAAAUUUUGGAAGAUAUCAUUUAUAUUUAUAAUUUAUAAAAUUACUUUUUUUUAAAUGAAGUGCUGCAUAUGUGUCGUUUGCUAACAGGUAUAAAGCGUAGAAAAAGAUCCUCAAAAUUGAAUGAAAUCCUGAAUAUUAGAGUGCACUUUCUUUAAAGCUGCACUACUGAACCUUGGCAGACCAUCUCACUGAGGCGCCUCCUAACAUCGGCUAUUUCAGCAUCCAUCUUUCAUCCUGUCUCUUGUCUGAGAUCUCUCCAACCAGUAUAAAGUCAGACUGAUGUUGACUCUUUUGCUGCGUCACCUUCUUACUUUUCCUCGCUUUCUCAGAAAAUUCUCUCGGUUCUCUUUACUGAAUUAACCACCACAUGCCUUCUGAAUGGCCAGUGUGUUGAUAUCCAGUUGCUAGCAAGUGACUUAGCACUGUAAAGCAGCUGUGAUGGUCCAGGCUGGAAAAUAAAGUGACACUAGGGCAACAAUGAUUCCAUGAGCGUUUAUAAUUUAUGUCAGUGUGCCAUCAAAACGAAUCAGAAGCGUUUUAAGGAAACUUAUGUGGUGUUGCUUCAAGAACAGCACAAAAUAGUGCUUACUUCUCAACAUUCAUUUAGCUAUUACAUUUGGCUAAGCUUUUUUAGAAAUAUUACUGGACAAAAGUCAGCAGAAGGUUGAGUUCAGUGUUAGCAUUUGGAGGCUGAUUAAGCUUUUGGGGCUAAUUCUGUUAGCAUGCUUUAGCAGAACGAAAUUAAUAUUUGUUAAUUGCAAAAUGGUUCAAUACUAAAGACGUGAAAGAAAGAGGCUUCAGAUGGCAGUACUUCAGAUAGCAAAACUCAGACAUCAUUACUCCUCAGCUGCUAAAUGUUCUGCUGUGUUCAACACUAUAAACUUGUUAGCCAGCUGUUUGCAGUGGCCUGCUGUGGUACUGCCGACCAGAAACUAAAACAAUGAGCUGAAAGAGACUAAAAAGGUGAGAGGGCUGAGGAGUCCAUGAACAGUCUGUGGGGUUUAACUGAUUUUUCCAAAGAUGAGUGCAGCUCAUACAACAAUGCUAAAAAAUUAGCUUCCAAUUUAGCUAAAUAGGCAAUGCAAUUUAUUUGUAUAGCACAUUUCAUGUACAAGACAAUCCAAAGUGCUUUACAUAAAGCAUUAAAAAGUGGUAGUAGUAGAGAUACAUUACUGUGUCCCCGUUUUGUGACAUACAACCCUGAAAACUUCUCACCGGUUGUUAAGUAAAUCAUAUCAGUCCAUUAAGGCUUAGGUUCAUAUGUGUGUGUAUAUGAUGAGGACACAAGAUGAGGACUUCUCCAGUGGCUGUAUUGGUGCAUCACUGCUAGUGAAAGAAAACUUUUUUCUGUUACAGCCAACACUGCUGGCUUCAUUCAACUUCGUUCAUCACUGUUUUUCAUCAUGUGCUUUUCAAGCUAAGCUAUUAGUUCAGAGUUCAAACUUUACACAGAUACCUCACUAUCCCCUCCCAUCAGCUUUAAGCUACACCCCACCUCUUCCUCCAUGGCUGCUUCAAUGUGAAUCAGUUUUUAAGCUGUCGGGGGAAAAACAAAGAAAACAGAACCGACUGACCAACAGCAAACUGUGAUGAAGCUGUGUUAUAGAAAAAGAAAAAAGGGAAACUCCUUCUCAAACUACAGCCAAUGAUGAUCGCGUUUAAACGUAAAGGGAAGUUCCACUCUAAAACCAGAAUCCUUGAAUUUAUAAGUUCCUGCAUCCACCAUGAAAUACCAAAAUAGUUCCUCCUUCCCUCUGGUGGAGUAUUAACAUGAGUCUCAAGUGUUUUAGAUUAAACGUUGGCGAGAAGUGAAGUUUAAAGAUGAAUUGUGUGUAAUUGUGUGACAGCAGAGCUGUCUCAUGUGUCUUUUUGCUUUAAGCUUUUAAGGCAUCAAUCAGUUAUGUAGCUUUUUGUCAUCUGAAUUACUUACACCAAAAUAUAAAUAUAUAUAUUUUCUUUUUUAAUGUAAGUCUGCUAAGCAGAAGCCUUUCUGAAAUGAAUCUAUAGAUUCAUUUACGACCAUAUGCUGUUUUGAGAUUAUUUCAGGAUUUAAAUGAUUUCGUGCUGCCUUCAUGGUCUUCAUGUUUUUUUUUUUUUUGUGGGUUGCCAUGUUGAGAACUAAAAGAACAUGGAUUCAUAUAUUGAAAACAUGUGAUAAUCAACAGAGCUACAUGGAAAAGAGCUGAGGCUGCCACCUUAGUGUUAUUGAGUUAUUAAUAAACUGUGUUUAACAUCAGACUAAACGAGAAGAUCCGGUUUCACACCUGCAGCUUCUGUUGUUUUCCUUGGUUCUGGUCCUGUUGAUUUUAAGUUCUCUGUGUUUUGAUUUUGUAUUUUACAUUAGAUUGUGUUUUAAACAGCCUAUUAAGUCAGAGUUCCCAUGAAAUGAAAGUGUAGCGCAGUAACUUUGCUCUUCCAGUUUUAACAGGAUUGUCAGGGUACUUGUGUCAUGUCUUUUCAUUAGUCUGUUUUUAAAAAAGGACAAGUUUCUGUUGUUGGCACAGACUUCGGCAUCAGUCACACUUUUCUUUGCUUGAAUGCAACCGGCUCCUCUUCCAGCAGCAGAUUUGGAAGACGGGAGGAUGCUUCCUCUGACUCGAGGCUAUUUUGACAGGAUUGUUGAUCUGAGACGAGCUCUCUGAAGAUCUGGUGUCCUAUCGGUUUCAGACGGUUUGUCUCAGAAUUAGAUGUCGUCCUCAGUCAUCAGUUUGUAAGAUGCAGUCUGACAGUUGGAGAGUAGGAACACUGGUUAUCAUGCAGUCCAUACAUUUCCAGCCUUAAUGUUCUCAUCCAAUCAGCCGGGGCCUGGAAAUACUACGGUAAAAUGAACAUAUCUUUCAGCAGUUUUAUAAUGGUGGUUGCCAUUUCAUUCUGGCAAUAAGCUUCAAUAAAUCUCUGUAAAAUGAAAAAUAUCAAACCUCAGCUGGAUGUAUGUUGUAUAAGUUUGAAUUGAACUUUUUCUUUUUUUUUUUUUUUUUUUCUAUUUCCAGAUUUAGUGCCUUUUUUGACAGUAGACUGUUGUGUAAUUGCUAUGUAGAAAAUCUACAUAUGCCUUUUGUUACUUUUUCAUCUGUUGGAUAAACCUUAAUUUGUUAUUUUUAAGGUGUUUUUAUUGAUAUUCUAUUUACAGGGGAAUAAAACCUGAUCAGACUCCA